ACCGAUCCAACAUCCAGUAAACCCUUUGUAGUUUGCACACCGGAGCUGCCGGGCCUAGUGAACCGAUUUUCACAAGGCUAUGACCCUUCCGACAACUUAAACAUUGCCAAUCACCAUCAAACUGCUUUCUGAGGCCAUGUUGAGCCUCAUGUCUCAACCUCUCAAAUUCGCAUGAGUCCCGUCAUAUUCAAUCUGAUCUGUACUCUUCAAUCAGACCCUGCAGCAGCCCACCUUGUCUGUUUAAUCUAAUCCCACCUACGUCCAAUCCAUUCAGUACCAUGCCUUGGGGCUACCAGAGGCUGAUAUGACCUCGCAACAACGUUUCACCUUCGUCAAUGUUACCGCUCCCCAAGAGGCUGCAUCGGAAGGGAACAAAAAGCGCAUUCGUAGUGCGGCCGCUGCCUCGGGAUGGGCAUCAGGCGCGCGCCCUAAGAUCCACCAAAAACUUCCCGAGACGGAACAACUCCCUCGAUUUUCUUAUCCGGUCGACCUAAAGGCUUUGUAUGAAGCACCAGACAAGCCAAACGUUGCUCCUGCUCUCCAAUUAACCGAUGGCAAGAAGGGCUCGGGUGUUUCCGAGCCAGAGGUUGCACCUGCUUCGCAUCAUUAUUCUGAUCGAAAGUUCAUCUGGGAGACGAGUCCUUCACGAAAAACGACUACCGCCAAGUCUCGUGCUACCGAAGUCACGGAUGAAUCACCAGUGCAAUCCAACACAAAACGAAAACGGGCAGCACGCAGCAGUCAGACAUCGACGUCUCGCAAACGAGCACCAGCGAGUUUGUCCUCGGCCUCUACUUCUUCAGUCUCUGCUAUCGCAAGCCCUACGGCAUUGGUCUCGUCAUGGAUAUCAUCAGUACAGUCUCCAGGAACAAGCUUGACUACUCCGAAUUCCGCACUCAUUAGCCCUCACGACCUGGGCAGCGGCAUUCGCGACGCAUUCAACUGUUAUCCUGUCAACAGCCAACCUUGGUAUGAUCGAGUAUUACAUCACAUGUUGACCGUCUUUGCGCCUCGCGGCUGGCCCGCAUUACGCAUCUCCAAUGAACAAGGACUGAAGUGGGAACAGUUCAUGACCCAACACGCUCUCGCGGACUCCGCUCUCUUCAAUGUCCGACUGCUCUUUGCGUCCGGCGACUUGAUACGACUGAAAGCUCUGCCGCCUGAAACGGCGCUCUGGUUACGUGAUCAAGCAGUCAGGUCCAUAAACGAAGCUCUGAACGAUCCCGUCCGCGCCAUCAGUGAUCCGUUGAUUCUUGCCGUCGGUCGCAUCGCCCUCCAUGAGAGCAUGUACGGUGACAGGAGUGCCGCCAAUCUGAUACACCGUCCUGCCCAGCACCGAAUGAUCAUGAUGAGAGGAGGCAUGAGUGCUCUGGACUUCCCAGAGCUCGUCAAGAGGCUGAUGCGAUGGGCUGACAGGGUCAUGUCAAUACAGUCCGAUACACCCAGGUUCUUGCCCGACGAUGAUCGAUCAUUCUCCAUUGACCAGAGUGUCGAGGUUCUGGAGAAGUGGGUUCCACAGGAAGGGAUGACCUUACGACAAAAAGUGCGCACUUGAUAUAUCCUGCCCCAUGUACUAACGACAGUCAACAAUACCUUAUAGAAUAUUACAGUUCAUUUCAC